AUGCUCGGGAGCCGCAGCCUCCUCCUGCUGCUGCCGCUGCGCUGCUGGCCGCGGAUCGCUGCCCGCCGGGGCACAGACAUCGGCUCUCUGACUAAACAAGCUGAAGCAGCUGUUGCUACAGACUGGAAAAAAAAAUUGACUCCAGAGCAAUUCUAUGUCACAAGACAAAAAGGAACUGAACCGCCAUUUAGUGGGAUCUACCUGAAUAACACAGAAUCUGGAAUAUACUACUGUGUGUGCUGCAAUGCCCCACUCUUCAGCUCAGAAAAGAAGUACAAUUCGGGGACUGGAUGGCCAUCAUUUUCUGAGGCUUAUGGUACUUGUGGCAGAGAUGAAAGUAAUACCAAUAUCAUGAGACGACCGGAUAACUCAUUGGGAGCAACUAGAACUGAAGUUGUCUGCAAGCAGUGUGAUGCCCAUCCAGGCCAUGUGUUUGAUGAUGGUCCCACACCUUCUGGGCAGAGGUUUUGUAUCAACAGUGUUUCAUUAAACUUCAAAGCAGGCUCUGAUCAAUGA